AGAGUGCGACACGAUGAAGACAACACACUCGAUGGACAUUGUGAUUGUGGGGGGUGGCUUGGUUGGCGGGCUGGCCGCUUGUAUGCUUGCUGGACGUGGACAUAAAGUUCGGGUUUACGAAUAUCGCUCUGAUAUUCGAGUGGAAGAGUCUUGUGGUCAAUCCAUCGACCUUGCUUUAUCUGUUCGGGGAAGAGAGGCUCUCAAACUGAUUGGUCUCGAGGAUAAAAUAGUUAAUCAUCAUGGGAUUGCCAUGAAGGGGCGAAUGUUGCAUGGCAAAGAUGGACGUUUACGAGAAAUGAUCUAUGACAGUGUGAAGAAGAAUUGUAUUUACUCAGUAAGUCGAAAAUAUUUGAAUCAAGUUCUACUAGACGCUGCAGAUCAAUAUCCAGCGGUGACACUGAUUUUCAAUAAGAAGCUGGUCGAUGCUGAUUUGGAUCUAGGGAAGCUGAAAUUCGUUGAUACGAAUUCUCGAGAGAUUAUCGAAGUCAACGCUGAUUUAAUUAUUGGAGCCGAUGGCGCCUAUUCCACCGUAAGAAGAACAAUGAUGAAGAGACCGGGAUUUGAUUUCUCGCAGACUUACAUCGAACAUGGCUAUGUGGAGGUGAAUAUACCGCCGCAGAAGAUCGAUGAAAACCGUCCUGACAAAGGCGUAAAGUUCUGCAUGAGUUCGAAACACCUGCACAUCUGGCCUCGCGGUACUUUCAUGAUGAUAGCAAUGCCAAACGACGACUGCACAUUUACCGGAAAUUUAUUUGCACCUCUCGCAAUUCUGAAUGGACUGGAUACACCCGAGAAGCUGAUUAAAUUUUACAAGGACCAAUUUCCAGAUGUUCUACCAGUAAUUGGGGAUCAACAGACAUUGAUAGAUACCUUCUUCACCGUCAAACCAAAAACACUGAUUUCAAUCAAGUGUAAUCCAUAUCAUUGCGGAAAGGGUCUUAUUCUGGGCGAUGCGGCUCAUGCUAUGGUACCUUUCUAUGCACAGGGGAUGAAUGCCGCAUUCGAAGAUGUACUUCUACUUGAUGAAAUAAUGAAUUAUUACGAAGAUGACAUGAGUAAAGUGCUACCAGCAUUCUCUCAACACCGAUGCGCAGAUGCUCACGCCAUCUGCGAUCUCGCAAUGUACAAUUAUAUCGAGAUGCGUGACCUGGUCAUGAGAAAAUCGUUCCUUGCUAGGAGAAACCUGGAUACACUACUUCACAGGCUCUGGCCGAACAGCUGGCUCCCCCUCUAUAGCACCAUUCACUUUUCUCGCAUGAAAUUUCAAGACUGCAUCGCAAAUCGUGAAUGGCAAAAUAAGGUUCUGAGGGGAUGUUUAUGCUGUGUAGGAUUACUCAUGCUUGCAAUAUUUUUGGCGUCAGCGAUAUUCCCCGCUAUCGCCGAGUGAUCCAGAGAAACUCAACGGCCCACAAAUACUUCUAAAAAGCGCUUUCUUUACUAUUGCGUAUUCAAGUUAAUUGAUAUUUUGUCACAUUGUAUCAGCAUUAGGCUAAUAUCAAUGGAAGCAUUCACCUAGUGGAGAUACGCCUGUAAGUUCGAAUGAGUAAAUGCAUUUUAAAGAGACAGUAA